CCCUGCGAUACCGGGAAGACUUUCGGAGGUCACACAUUAUAUCAUUACUUCCGUUCGAAGGGUAAAUUUGUGCUCUGUGCUGCUUCGUCGGAAAUUGCUACUCUGUUACUGCCUGGUGGAAAGACUUUGCAUUUCAGAUACCUAUCAAUAAAACACCCUAUUCCACAUAGUACAUACCAAAGAAAGGGAGUAUUGCUGAACUUCUCCGUCAAAGUGGCCUCAUCAUAUGAGAUGAGGUCCCAAUGCAAUAUAAGCAUUGUUUUGAAGCAGUGGUUAGCACUCUACAAGACGUGA